AGCUGCCGGUAAAAUCCAAAGAAGAAGAAGGGGACAACGCAGAUUUCUAGGUAAAAUCUGGCAACCCUCGAUACUCGUACAUACAUCGGGUAGCUGAUCUGAGUUGGUAGCUGCCGGGUAACACAGGAUGGCUAACGCAUGGAGGUCAGCGGUUUCCUGUAUAAUGGGAGCUAUCAAGACUCAGACUCCACAGCCCAGAGUCUUCUCCAGAGGGAUUCAAACUGUAACAUUAAUUCCUGGAGAUGGAAUUGGUCCAGAGAUCUCCACUGCAGUAAUGAAGAUAUUUGAAGCAGCAAAGACCCCAAUUCAAUGGGAAGAGAGAAAUGUGACUGCUAUCAAGGGACCUGGAGGCAGGUGGAUGAUACCUCCUGAGGCAAAAGAAUCGAUGGACAAAAACAAAAUUGGGUUAAAAGGACCCCUGAAAACACCAAUUGCUGCUGGCCACCCAUCCAUGAACCUGCUGCUUAGGAAGACCUUUGACCUGUAUGCCAAUGUGCGUCCUUGCGUGUCCAUUGAGGGCUAUAAAACACCUUACACUGAUGUGGAUCUAGUCACCAUCAGAGAAAACACAGAAGGAGAGUACAGUGGGAUUGAACAUGUGGUCUCGCGGGUGCUGUGGAGCCAAACCCCCCCCCUGAGUAUGCACAGCCACGGGGUGCCCCCGGCCUGUGAUGGGAGAUGGGGGUAUGUGGCGAGGGCGCGUGGCCGAGAGCCGUGGGAACGGAGUGAGGCCACCGCGUAAGUGGAUACACCUGCGGUGCGCACCUGCUUCGGAUCCCACGGAAGGAGCUCUGGACGAUAAAGGAGGAACGAUGGCAGAGGAAGCCAAGAGAGGACCGGGCCCGGACAUAUUUUACUUUUGCUUUCAGUUUGAUUCUCGGUUCUCUGCCUUCUUCUUCCCGGCGGCCAAAGGGCCAUAAAAUUCAUUACAUACAUCUUAGUAUUAAAAUGCCAUUUUAAAAUGAGAAUGAUCCACAUCGUGUUCUACCUAGCAUUUCUAAACAGCCCUCCUUCUACUGAAAACGCACAUCACGAGACCACACACACACACACAGCCACACACACUGUCAUGCGCUUGUCUGAGCUCCAGAGAGCAGUGCACAUCAGACUGUUAAUCAAGGUUAAACAUACUAGUUGUUAAACGUGAUAUUUAAUUAAUCUUGUCUCUAUCUAACGACUCUUCGGUCUUUUGAAUCGAUCAGGUAACGUGUCACAGCAUCAGUACACUACUUCAGUUUAAAUUUUAGUGAAAACCUCAGAUACUGUUGGUUGUGCACCUUGUUUACCGACCAACCUCCUGCGGAAAAAUUGAUUGGCAGGUGGUAAUUUGUGUGCAACUUAUUCUUUAUUUAUGAUUUGUUUAUGGGUAAAACAACGACCAUGCGGGUCAGGUAGUUGAAAAGGUAGACUACAACUAAUUAAUUUGCUAUAAAUUAAUGAAUUAUUCAUAAAUAAUUAAUUUACCUCCGCCUAUGAUGACGAUGCCAUCGUCCAUCGCGAUGUUUCACAUUAGACACCGUACAAUGCCAAAUUGGUCGACAUCGCCCUACCCUAAAUAGAACACACACUUAAAGUACAAUCUGUUUCUUAACCAAGGCGGAGUGUACUCUCAGCUGUCUUUAUCAAAACUGGUUAAAAACCGGGAUAUUUUACGUUCAGGCAGUUAUAUCCUUACUACCCAAAUCUAUCUUGAUUAACAAGUAGAAUUACUUUAAAAUAAUUUACUGUAACAAUAGCAAAAUCACUUUAGACAUUUUAGAUAGUAACUCAUAGA